GGACCCCUGGGCGGCUUUCGGCCCAGGGAGCGGGCGUGCGGCCGGCCCCGCUGCCGCCACGGCGCCUGUUUGCACAGGCAUAGCUCGAUAAGCAGUAUGUUCUUCAGAAGAUGCUACUCCAGGAGUCAAAAUAGCAUGAAAUUUAAUUUUACGCCUAUUUGGCAAAGCUUGAUUUCGCCUCCAAUCAGCAGGGAGAUAAGAACCCUCGGCACAAGUGUGCGGGCAGUUUGGCAGCUGGGGCUGCCGAUUUAAUAGGUGAAUCUACAGGAACAACACUUGAGAAUCCCCUGGCUAGUGAACCAUUAAGCUACCAAAUAUUUGCCAGCCGUCAGCUCGCCGCUCCGCUAUAAAUACUUCAGGCCCAGGUGGAGGGACGGCGAGGGGGAGAGACGCGCGGGAGCCUAUGCAUGGCCCGUCCUCGGCAGCGCUGAGGGUGAGUCCGGGCCCCGGGGGGCCCCCACACGCCACCAUGGCCGCGGGCAUCAUCCGGCACCUGGCCGAGCUGCGGCUGCCCUCGCCCUUCCCGCACGCCCUGCUGCUGCCCGCGCACCCCGAGCCCGACUUCCCCGACCUCUCCGAGGAGGAGGAAGACGAGGAGGAGGAGGACGAGGAGGAGGAGGACGAGGCAGCGGCGGAGGGCGCCGGUGGCGGGCAGGAGCUGGCCAGCCCCAGCGACGCGGAGACGACGCUGCAGCUCCUCAAGUUUUCGGAGCUCAUCAGCUGCGACAUCCAGCGGUAUUUCGGGCGGAGGGGCCGGGACGAGGACGCCGAGGGCUGGGGCGCCGCCGAGGACUGCCGCUCGCUGCGCCGCUCCGGCCGGGAGCUCUGCUCCGGCGACCUGCUGCGCGCAGCGCGGAGCGGCGAGCCCCGGGAGGAGGAGGCGGCGCCGGCGGGGCCGCGGGGCCGGCGGGCGGCGGGCGGCGCGCCGCAGCUGGGGCCGCUGGCCGAGCUCUUCGAGUACGGCUUGCGCCGGUGCCUCCAGCCGCCGGCGGCGGAUGGCAAGAAGCAGCGGCUGGAGAGGAAAUACGCCCACAUCACCCCCAUGCACAAGAGGAAGCUGCCGCAGUCCUUCUGGAGGGAGCCGGGCCCCGGCCCCGCGCUGCACCCCAGCACCCCGGAUUUCAGCGACCUCCUGGCCAACUGGACGGCGGAGCCGGCGCCGGAGCUGCCGGGUGCUGGGCGGGAGCUGCCGCCCGAGCCGGGCCGCCCGGGGCCGGAGGCCGAGCGCUCGGGCGCGGCGUGA